AUGAGAUUUCGAUGUAGACGAAAGAUUAGCGAACAUAAUGGAUAUUUACAAAUUGGACAGUUGGCGUGCACCCUGUGCGACCAUUACAUCAUGGGAAAUUCGAUCUACGUGAUCAUGCUCGGCCUCAUUGGGACCAUGAUUACAGCGUUCGAUAUUAUUCGAAUAAUCAAUUGCAAGAUGCCUGGGAGAUCGUCGCACUCGAGAAGCAGCGAGAGUGUCUCACUGGACGUAGAAAGGGAUCUAAAGUUGAUGACUUCGAUUCUCGGAAUAGAGCACUACACCCUAAUCAUGCUGGGCGCAAUUACAGAAUACCCGAUGUUGCAUACACCCUGGCUACUAAUGCAAUUAUGCGUGAUGAUCGUGGAGAUCAUCGUAUUCUGCGUGAAAAUGUUUUUGGACGGACUCCAUAUGAAACGCGACGAGAUUUUCCUAGCUGUUCUAACUGUUCACAACUGGCUACAAGUAUUUUGUCUAUUUCACAGACAAGCGAGACAAUCGCGCUAA